ACAGCUGUUGUGACACAACCAGCACAGUUCAGGGUAACGAGGAGAGUUCAGCAUCAUUCAGCUGUACGUAUGAGCCGGAGAACAAGGACAGUGAGAAGUACUUCUGCAGAGGAAACCAGCCUUCCGGGUGUCUGCAGAACGCUUUAAUCACGUCUCCCAACCAACAAAACGGACGGUUCAGACUUACAGAUGACAAGGCGUCAAGAAGGUUCACACUGACAAUCACCAGUUUGACCAAACAGGAUGCUGGCUCGUACCUUUGUGGUGUCCAUAGAAAAAACAAUCUGGAUUUGUUUCAGGCUUUUGAGCUAGCAGUCCAAGGGUGGUGCUGUGUGAAGACAAACAAGCUGAAAGGCAUCGUGGGACAUCCAGUAACCAUGCACUGCCCCUACCCACCACAACACAGGGAUAACAGGAAGUUUCUCUGUAAGGGAUACACCCGCAAAAACUGUAGAGAGAUGGUGAAGACUCAAAGCAGGUUCACGCUGCAAGAUGAUGUUUCCUCCAGCUCUUUCUCUGUGAUGAUCACAGAGCUGAAAGCAGAGGAUUCUGGGACAUACUGGUGUGGAUCAGACUCACAGUGGAAUGUUGGAAACUACGUCAAGAUUCAACUAUCAGCAGCGUUUGAGCAUCAGACUACCAGAACUGUGGUCUCUACCAUCACUGUGGUCUCCACCAGCACUGUUGGAUCACAACUGACAAAUAUCACUGGAAAACCUAUCAACAGAAUGU